CAUAUCCGUCCGUAUCAACAUUGCCUGUAAUUAUCCCACUUACUCUGUGUGCUUGCAUGUCAAGUGAUGAAACCAUGGAAGAAAACAGUUCUUCGCUGUCUGUGCAAGAUGUUGCUCAUUUACUGCAAAGCAGAUAUGCAAUUAUAACAGGAGGAAAGACUUUAGAUGGAUUUCCUAUCAUAACUUUUCCUGAUUCAUCUGUAGAGUUUCUCACCCUCUCUGAUGAAGAAUAUAAAAAGUUAAUGCUGUAUUUAACUAGUGUUCCAUCAAUGCAAGAUGCUGAUAGGGGUUUUGUUCUAGUCAUUGACAGACGGAAUGAUAAAUGGAGUUCUGUCAAAACUGUCCUCCUUAAAAUUGCAGGUUUUUUUCCAGCACUUAUUCAAGUAGUGUUUGUCCUAAGGCCAGAAGGUUUUCUACAGAAAGCAAUAUCUGGUGUCAGUAAUAAAUUCUUCAAGGAAGAGUUUAAAUUCAAGGUGAUUGUAUGUACAAAUGUUGAAGAGCUCCAUUGUCAUAUUGAUAUUAGCCAAUUAACCAGUGAUUUAGGUGGAACUAUAGCAUAUGAUCAUGAUGACUGGAUUCAACAACGCACAGCAGUUGAAAAGUUUUCAGCUAACACGAGAGAGAUUUCAGUCACUUUGCAAGACAUGAUUAAUCACUGGCAAGCAAGUGUUCUGCCCAAUGAUGUUCCAACUACUGCUGCACUAAUUGAAGAACAUUCUAAAGACUAUCAGUUGUUAAAAGAUGACAUCCAAAAUGCUAUUAGGCAUGGUGAGACUCUUCUUAGUUGCAUCCGGCGGCCAUCGUCUGAAGAUGCUUCCUUAGAUCUCUGUCCCGAUAAAUUAGUUAAUGUUGCUGCUGUUGAAAGGCUGCUAAUACAACUUGAUGAAACUGAGAAAAAUUUUGAUUCUUUCUGGGCAGCUCAUGAGAAGAAACUUCGACAGUGUUUGGAACUUAGAGAUUUUGAGCAAGAUUUUAGAGAUGUACAAAUUGUUCUUUCUACAUGCCUUGACAAACUGUUCGAUAUACCAAUAUCUGGUGAUUCCCUGGUGCAAGUGCAAGGUAUUUUAAAAGAUGUUGAAGAUUUUCAACAGAGUACUGAAGUAAAUAUAUUUAGAAUUUUCUUUUAUUGCAUCAUAUUUUUAUAUGCGU